AUGGCGGACGAUGCGAGAAAUGUUGAUCAACAAAAACUCUCAGAUAUUGUGAAGGGAUUACACAGUAGACUAAGGAAACAGUUGAGAAAAGGUGAAAAUGUAAUACUUAAAGCUGACUUGUGUUAAAAUUUGAUAAGUUAUCCCUAAAGGGAACUAGUAGAUUCAACACAAUUAAGGCAACUGUUGUUAGCAUUACCUCAAGUUUUAAUGUUUAUUAUUAUGUUUCAGUUCCUUGUUUUAACUAUUGUCUUUUUCCUGUUCUUGACAAAGCUAAUGGUGACUACCAAAAAGUGUGGGACGAACACUGUGCAGACAAGGCGAGAUUAGAGGAAUAUGCUUCAGCUAUGCACAUGUUAGCUGUCAAUCACUGGACAAAGCAGGCCCCUGAGGGGAGGGUUGAGUGGUGUUAUCAGACUGCAACUGAAUUCUUUAGAGGGGGAGGACUGAGGAAGCUCAUGGAGAAGCAAAAGAGGAAACAACAGUUUCAUGAAGAUUUGAAAGAGUGUUGCUGUUGUUUUGUGACAGAUGAUACUGAUAGAUGUUCUGUGUCAAUGUAAGUAAAUUUAUGUUGUUUUUUGGGUAGUCUGGACAAACUUUCUUUAGUACAUUUCAUUGAAAUGAUUGAUUUCAGACAGAUUUUUUGCUUAAAGGGGUUAAAUUUCCAGAGAAAUGAUGAUUUUUUGUCUGUUUUUUACAAAAUGGAGACUUGUUUUGUAUUAACAGUUGAGAGUUAAGCUGUGAUGUGAUAGCACCUUGCUCAGGAUGGCAGGGUGUCAGUAUAAAAGGUUUAGGAGACAUUUUACUCCAGAAGCAGUAGUUUUCAUCUUGGCUAAGGAUAAAAAUUGUACAGUCAGUAUCACAGGAAAUGUAUAGAGUAGAGUGGGGAGACAGGGUUGUAGAUAAGAGCUGGCAGCCAGUAAAGUACACCAGCUUCUCUGCAAGGUUCCGCUGGCUACUUUCAUUGCUUCGAGAGCCUGUACAGAGAUGAUGUUUAUCAGGUCUAAACUUGGGCUCAAUAAAAAAAUAUAAAUUUGCACUGCCUGUCUUUUCUGAAAACAUAAAAAGACUUCUGACUCAAGGUUAGUUUAAAAAUGUUCUGAUGGGGGCUGUCUUUCUGACAAAUCUUGCUGCGGUGGCAGGAAAGUAAGAACAAUAUGACGUUUUGUCCACCAUAUUGGAUUUCGAGACCCACAACCGUUUACCUUUAAAAAAGCUCCGGCUACUUAAAAUCUUAAAGAAAACCCUAAGGAGAAUAUGGAUCCUGAUGUUAAGGUGUAUGUGGUUAAUAACAUACAAAUUUGUAUGGGAUGCAAAUGACUUCAAUGAGUAGCAACCCAGGAAUAAGGUUGAACAAAUAGACUGUUAUAAAACUAUAAAAGAGAGGUUUGAUUUAAAUUCCUCAAAGUGUAGUCUUUUUUUGUUAUACGAUUAUGAUUUGUCACCAGAUAUCCUUCAGCCCAUGAAAAAUUACUUCUCCUUGAUGUUGGAAGUUGUUUCAAUCCAUUUGCUGUUUAUGAAGAUGUUUUUUCUAUAGCUAUUGACUUGCAACCGGCAGAUUCAGUGAGUAACAUGUUAUUUUUUAAAGUGAUGUUUUUUGUAUUAUCACUUACGUGGGACAGAGAAAAAAUUCUGAGUUCCCAUGAGGAAUCGAACCUCAGACCUUUGGAUUCUGCACUCUGAUGCUCUACCACUGAGCCACAGAGACUUUAUGGUGAGCAAGGUCUAUUACAAAAUUCAUAUGACAUGUGUCCUGCACACUGUUAGGAUCAGCAAUGUCAAUAGCAUCAUGUUUAUAAAUGGAAUGAGAGAGAUGGUAAGUUUUGAGCUUAAGCAUCUUUCUAUAUUUCUUUACCAAGCUCAAAAAUGACCAUCUCUCUUAUUCUAUCAUUUUAUAUUUUUCUUUUGGUUUAAAUUUUGAAGUUGCAUUUCCAUUUGAUGACACUAGUAUUGUACAAAUUUUCUUAAUCUACUGGUAUAAAAACUAGAAGUGGCUCAAAAAGGUAGUGUUUCAAAUCUAAGUUUUUUCUAGGGGCAGGUAAAUUUCACUUGGCACUUAGACUUUUUUCUUUCCCACACUGAUGAUAUAUCAUUUAACCCUUUUCAAAAUAUACAUUUUUUACAAAAUUUAAAAAUUUAAAAUGUAUUCCUUGUGUUUGGUAUUUCACAGAUAGUUUACCAAUGUGACUUUCUCAAUCUGGAAAUUCAAGAUUUGCCUCCCACAAGAAAAAAAAAAUGUGCUUGUGGUGUCUGUAUUAAAAUGAAAGACAAUGACUUGGAAGUACAAUGCUCCACAAGGGAUCACUUUGAAUUGAAUGAUGUGCACAUGAAAGGUUCUGGAAGGGAAAGCACUGAAAGUUUACUUCAAUCUGAUAAACUGAAAGUAAACUAUGACAGUGCAUACUCAGUGAGAGAUUAUCUUAAAGAGAAAGCUGAAAUAUUGCUUUUAAAAAGCUAUUUAAAAGAAGGAAAACAAGUAAAGACUCUUCCUUCAGAACUGUUUCACAUUGUUGUGUUCUCUCUUCUCCUGUCAUAUUUCCCUUCUGCUGCUCAAAGAUGGACUUGUUGUCACAAAGCACAUCGACUGUUGCGACCAAAUGGGCUUCUUCUCAUUAUCACACCAGACUCAAGCCAUCAAAACAAGAACGCAGCUAUGAUGAAAUCUUGGAAGACUGGGGUUGAGUCGUUAGGAUUUGUUCGAUGGAAGUAUGAGAAACACACUCAUCUUCAUUGUAUGGCUUUUCGUAAGGUGGCACCAUGCCAUUACUGUAACCGUGACAAUGGCCAUGCAGAAAUGAUGUACAUUCCGCAAGAUUUCCAAGAAGAAGAUGAGAGUUAUUUGGGUUGUUCACAAAAUGAAGAGAACGAGUCCGUCGUAAUGGAGUAUUUAAGUGAGCUUCCAGACUUAUGAAAGAAACAACAACAACAACAACAAAGACAGCAACAAAAACAAAAUAAAACAAAGGUGUUAAAAUUGUUAUUACUCGCGUUGUUUAUGUUUACUUGAUCAUUUGAUUAUUAACAAUUUUCUCCCAUUAGUAUCACCCUUAAAACAAACAUUGAGUUCAUGAGAAUUAAGGAAAUGGUCACCAACUAAGGACGCUCUUGAUUGUUAAACAAAUUCUCCUCGUCAGUGCCAUAGGAAAUAUAUAGAACAGUAAGGAGAAAAUGUAUACUGAUGUUAGGAUGUAAAAGGCUAAAUUAUGGUUUGUUUGCAUAUUGCGGCCGGGCAGUUCGGAACUAAUUAGAUUUUGUUGGCGAGCAGAAACCGAGAAAUGCUCAACACAGAUAUUAAAAAAAACAGAGUAAUGCACAAUCGUCUAGUUGAAGUUGCAAGGCUUUUUGUCUACGAUCACAUUUGUGCCAUCUCUUUUUUAUAAUUGCUGUAUAUGUUUCUUUUUAAUCCAAAAUAUUUCUCACACGAGAAUCAACUUUAGUUCUCUAUCUGUUUUGCAUUAAGCGGGCGAUGCCCGUCCAGACGUUUCCGUUUUGCUUUGUUUAAAAAUGGAGACCUCUCUUGCCCAAGGGGACAAUAUUGUGACAUGAAACAUAUUGUGCAAGAUUUUAUUUACUGAAACUCAAAAUACAAAAGUUUAUAUAUUGCCAGCCAGCUUCAGUAA